AUGCUUAAAGAAUGUGAGAGGAUCCUGGGUGAAGGCCUUCAACGGCUUCCUGCCAAUCAUAACUACCGCUACGGUCCCCAAGCCGAGAAAGAUCUGCUCGAGCUCCUCUUCCGUUCGCUUGCCGGUCACAACGAAGAACGCCUGCGACAGCUAUUCUCAGAUGGGCUGCCAACCGGGCCGUGGAAGCUAGCAGAAGCUCAGGGCGCCAAGGAAGGGGCGGAAUAUACAGAAGCUGCGCGGGGCAAGCGGUGUGGUCAUAUCUUCCGAGCUGGGGAGGCGACGUAUCGAUGCAACACCUGCGCGGCGGAUGAUACCUGCGUGCUGUGCAGCCGCUGCUUCGACUCCUCCGACCACACCGGCCAUCAGUAUACGAUUUCUAUCUCCUCGGGGAAUUGCGGAUGCUGCGACUGUGGUGACGAGGAGGCCUGGCGACUGCCGCUGUUCUGUGCGAUCCAUACGGAUAGCGGCGAUAAAAAGGGCAAGGAGCGGGAGCAGGCGCAGCUCCCGCGGGAAUGGGUGGAUAACAUCCGCCUGACGGUCGCUCGAGUGCUCGACUACUUCUGUGAUGUGCUCUCUUGCUCGCCGGAACAGCUGCGAUUGCCCAAGACGGAAGAGGGUAUCAGGCAGGAUGAAGAGGCAUCACGGCUACGCCCGGGGUGGUAUGGUGAGGGGGAUCUGGCCGAGGAAGAGCCGGAGUUUGCGCUCGCGUUGUGGAACGACGAGAAGCAUACCAUUCGCGAUGUUGCUCAUCAAGUGAGCCGGGCUUGUCGAGAGCGAGAUUCCUUUGGAAACGAUAGGGCCCAGGAGACCAAUGAUUACGGACGGAGUGUGGUCAAGUAUUCGAAAGAUUUGCAAAGGUUACUGGCCGUGUCAAGGAUCAUCGAACAGAUCAAGGUCACCGUUACGAUCCGGUCCGCCCGGGAUACCUUCCGCGAGCAAAUGUGCGGGACCAUCGUUGAGUGGCUUGCAGAUAUUUCCGGGUGCAGUGUUCUUGAGGACAACGAGAUUUUACGGCAUACCGUCUGUGAGGAACUGCUGAGUCCAUGGCGCCGCGGCAGCGGAGCCUUCAAUGCCGAUAUUGGUAUGAAAGGUCUCGACGACCAGCAGAAGUCGGAUAAUACACCGUAUCGCACAGUGAUGCUCACCGUAUCGCCUCAGGGCCAAGUAGUAUUGGCUGCGGAUGAUGAUGAUGAUGAUGAUGACGAUGAGGAUAUCGAAAAUGGCGAUGAGCAGGGUGUAAACGAAGAAGUUGAGGACGAUGAAGAUUUCGUUGAGGGUCAUGAUGAUGAUGACGACGAUGACGACGAAGAGAUGGAGAUGGAUUUGAACAGGCUGCGCCAGGAAGUUGAAGAUGAGGAUGAGGAUAUGGUGAUGGGAAAUGCGGAUGACGCUCUGGACACCAUCCAAGCUCUCUUAGGGUUCGCUCGCCAGCGACAGAACCCUGACAAUGAACAGCAGCAACAGGAGGAAGAAGAAGACGACGAUGACGAGCAACCACAGGCAGAAGCGAUUGAAACCGAGGCGCAGACUGCCCCGAACGAUUCAGUCUCCAGUGAGACACACGAUGAUACCUCGGCGUCUUACGUCCCCAUCCCCAAAACACCCUCUGGUGUAGUCAAGCCUUCCCCGGCGAAGACUCCGAGUUAUUGGCAGGUCAGAUCGUCCGUACCGAAGAGAGGGGAAAAUGUCCCUCCAUAUGAGGAUUUAUGGCAACGCACUCGGCUCGACUGGAUGAUUCUUUUCGACCUUAGGCUUUGGAAGAAGACACGUACCGAUCUUCGCGAUCUUUACAUUGGCACCGUCGUGAAUGUCCCUCAGUUCAAGCGGAUCAUGGGCUUGCGCUUAUCUGCUCUUUACACUGCGCUUGCACAACUUUACCUGAUUGCCGAUAGAGAGCCAGAUCAUUCCAUUGUCAACCUCUCCUUACAGCUUCUUACCACACCUUCAAUCACGGAGGAGAUAGUUCUUCGAGGGAACUUCUUGACUAAGGUCAUAUCCAUUUUGUAUACGUUUUUAACUACGAGGCAGGUUGGUGAGCCAUACGAGGUAAACCCCAAUGCAACGCUGGCGUUCGACGCUGGUUCCGUAACAAACAGGCGCCUUUACCACUUCUUCUUGGAUCUACGGUAUCUUCUGCUGUCUGAGUAUGUACAGAACCGCGUGCGAACCGAGGAACAGUAUCUCUACCAGUUCUUGGAUUUGGUCAAGCUCUCGCAGGGCAUCUGCCCCAACGUCCGUGCCGCUGUGCCGUCAAUCUGCGAAGCAUUCCGUAAACCCGAAGUCGACGGCGGCGAGAAUUUGCUACGAGCGCUCAAAGUGGCUACUGUUUCCGCCGUUGCCCACUCCACCGGAAUCGAGCGCAAGCGUUUUGACCAGGCGGAGAUCAAAGAGUACGUUCGGUUCAAAUCCUUGCCAUUCUUUGACUUCGAGGGCGACGACCAACCAGGCCAGGUCUCGCGCCACCGUGUCGUAGACUUCGUCGUUGAACGAGGCUCCAUCAGUUUCCAUCAUGCCUUGCACUACACUCUGUCCUGGCUACUUGAAUGUGGCCGUAACAUGAGCAGCUCUUUGAUGCGCGAUGCCCUGCUUGAGGCAGCACAGAUUGCGAACGACAGUUUCAUUCAUGAUAGCAGCCUUGCCCCAGAAGAUUUACUUCUCUCAAUGUUCGACUACCCUCUCAGAGUUUGUGCCUGGCUGGCCCAGAUGAAGGCGGGCAUGUGGGUCCGCAACGGGCUCAGUCUCCGGCAUCAAAUGUCACAAUACCGUGGUGUAUCGUCUCGCGAUUUUGCAUACUACCGCGAUAUCUUCCUGCUUCAGACGGCUUUUGUCACAUGUAACCCAAGCCGUGUCCUUGCCUCUAUUGCGGAUAGGUUCGGAAUGGUGGACUGGAUGACGAGAAACUACAUGCCACGUGCUGGAUACGAAGAUAACCAGAUCAUUGAUGUCGCCGAGGAGUUUGUGCAUUUGCUUGUCAUCCUCUUGACGGAUCGGAACUCGCUCACGGCCAUUGAUGACGGCGAUACCGCGAUGUGCGAAAACAUUCGUCGUGACAUUGCACACGUCUUGUGCUUCAAGCCUCUGUCAUUCUCAGACCUAUCGACUCGCCUCAGUGACAAGCUGCUCGAGUCGGACGUGUUCCAAGACGUACUGGAAGAGGUAGCAAGUUUCCGCCCCCCUGAAGGGCUGAAUGACACCGGCACUUUUGAACUAAAGUCCCAAUACAUCGAUCUCAUCGACCCGUACAGCGCCCACUACACCAAGAACCAACGAGACGAAGCGGAGAAUAUCUAUAAGGAAUGGGUGGCGAAGAAAACCGGCAAGAAGGCGUCUGAUGUGGUGUUCGAACCUAAACUCCGGCCUAUCACUUCUGGGGCGUUUAUCGGCCUUCCACGCUUCACGAGGACCUUGCUAUUUGCCCAGAUUGUUCACCAGUGCCUUGACUACGUGGUCUCCUCGAAAGAUUGCACACCGAACAUCCCACCAACCCGUGUCGAAACAUUCUUGCAAGUUGUUUUGCACUUGAUCCUUGCUGCUGCCCUGGAAGACAGCACCGUGGAAGAUGAGAUGACGGAAGAGCCGAUGGAGUCAUUCGUGUCUCACGCGCUGAAUAAAGACAGAGCCACCCAGGUAGGGUACCUGACCAUCGUAGGCCUCCUAGAGAAGAUUUCCAUCAUGAGUGAAUUCUCUGCUUGUGGUCCUAAAAUCCGUCAUAUUCUUAAGAAGCUUUGGCAAAAGCACCCCCGUGCAUAUGCUUCUGCAACAGCUACGCUCAGAUUCCCGUUUGACAGGGUCGAUACGAAUUCUCCCGCCAUCGACACCGAUAAUGAGAAAGAGAUCAAGAAGAAGCAAGCUCUUGAAAGACAGGCCAGGGUGAUGGCUCAAUUCCAGCAGCAACAGCAAAACUUCUUGAACAGCCAAGGCGCGAUCGAUUGGGGCGAAGAAGAUUUCAGCGACAUGGAUUCCGAGCCUGAAGCUGCCCCUGAAACUAAGCUCUGGAAGUAUCCGAGUGGCACUUGUAUUCUCUGCCAGGAGGAGACAAGUGACUCUAGACUGUAUGGAACGUUCGCUUUGGUUCAAGAUAGUGGUAUCAUGAGGCAGACAGAUAUACGAGACCCCGACUGGAUCCGGGAGGUGUUGAAGACACCCCUGAGUUUGGACAAGUCUGCCGAAGGCGUGCGGCCUUUUGGAGUCGCAGGCGAGAACCGCACUACCGUGAGGCGGCUUGAUUCAACUGGCGGGGAGGUUAUCAGUGAGAAAGUUGGGUUGAGUAAAGGCUUCAAUGCGAAGAACACCCUGCGCGGGCCUGUCACAACGGGCUGUGGGCACAUCAUGCACUAUUCCUGCUUUGAAGUCUAUUACACGGCUACUCAGCGACGCCAGAGCCAGCAAAUAGCUCGAAACCAUCCUGAGCGUCUGACUUUCAACGAGUUCGUUUGCCCUCUUUGUAAGGCUCUGGGCAAUGCAUUCCUCCCCAUCACAUGGAAGGGCAAGGAAGAAUCUUAUCCUGGUGUACUAAACACAGCUGUGUCUUUCGAGGAUUUCAUGGCUGGAGAGGUCAAGUCUGCCCUGUCUCAUCCACGGAAUUAUGCGCUGCUCAUGGAACAUAACAAAAUCCAGCAGCAGCAGUCUUAUCAGGACCUUUUCCUUGACUAUCUCAACAAGACCUUGGUUCCCCCACUCGCCUCCAAAACAGAGCAAUUAAUGGCAUCCCCACUGCCAUCGACCGCCCAUUAUAUUCAGCAAGCGAGGAUGCCGGUGCCUGGCCUCUUCCCAUCACAAGAUGAGCUUCCCGCUGCCAGUCCGCUCCAGCAGGUUUCCAGCCCAGGAGACAGCCCAAUGUCUGAACUUUUGCAGAUCUACAAGCGGCUCAAGCAGACACUUCGGUUGAAUCACAUCUACUCGACGUUCAGCCAUCACCCAGACACCAUAAAGACAGAUGACCUCGUCCACACUGAUUCGCUCUUCCAGACCUUCGGCUUUAGCAUCGCUGCGGCUGAAAUUCAGCAGCGCGGGGUGGAAUCGGAGCCAGGAUCGACUCUACUGGAAAAGAUUCCCCAAUUAACCCUGACCCACCUCCGCGUUCUGGCUGAGUCGGCUUUGACAUACGCUGCGGUUGGGUGCUUGCAUGACAGCAACGGACCUCACGCCCGUUCCGCGGACGAGAUCCAGGAGAUGCACCGCCAGAAGAUUUGCCAAUUAUUUGUGGGUCAUCCUUGCUUGAGCGGAACGGCGCUGCUGGAUGAUGUCCGCGAAAUCGAGCCACUAUUGGGCAAAGACAUAUUCGUGUUCCUAGCUGAAUGCUCUUUAUCCCUGCUGCCGAUUCUCAAUAUUGACAUUCGCCAUCUCAUCCAAAUGUGCUAUGUGGCCGAGAUUGUGAAAGUCGCUGUGACCUACAUCCUUUGGCCCCUCGGACUGAAGGAAGAACUGGCCCAAAAUGGUGAUGCCCAUUAUCUGUUGGAUAUGGAGCUGUCGGACGAGCGAUACAAGUCCGCCCGGCAAUUCUUCAUCUCUAUCGUUGCAGAACUCAAGUCGAACUCUGUUGGACGGGCAGAAGGAUCAUCAUUCCCUGCCGAGAGUGGCUACGUCAAGGAUGGGGAGGAUUCUGCAACGCCCGGCGUGGUCAUUGCGUUGAGACGUCUGGUUUCAAGCUACGCAUUGACGUUCCUGCGCAAGGCUGUCAUCCUACUCCAUGUGCAGCACGGGGUUGAGUUCCCCAACACAGGGUUCCACGACUUGGGUGUGUCCGAGUUGGACCGUCUCACCAAGGCUCUGCACCUUCCUUCGGUCGAUGAUAUUCUGGCGUCUAUCAGCACGGCGAGGAAGAGUGGCAGUCCUUUCGAUGCUGUGAUAUCAGGCUGGAUCUUCCACUGGAACGCCUCGCGUUCUGGCAUCCGCAUUGGGGAUCAUAAGUUAUGGCCCAGUCUUUCUCACCCGGCCAUCUUCGAGCUCGUUGGGCUUCCCAAGUAUUACGACAGUUUGAUUGAGGAGGCCAACCGGCGACGUUGCCCGAAUUCGAAAAAGGAGCUAAGCGAUCCCAGUAUCUGUCUCUUCUGUGGAGACAUCUUCUGCUCGCAGGCUGUGUGCUGCAUGGAGAAUAAGAUGGGUGGUUGCAAUCAGCACGUUCAAAAAUGCGGCAAGAAUAUCGGGCUAUUCAUCAACAUCCGCAAAUGCACGGUGCUGUAUCUCCACAACCACCAUGGCUCCUGGCACUACGCACCUUACCUGGACCGCCAUGGGGAGGUGGACCCAGGCCUCCGGCGCAAUCGCCAACUGAUCCUAAACCAGAAACGAUACGAUCGGCUCCUCCGCGACGUCUGGUUGUCGCACGGCAUUCCCGCGACGAUCAGCCGGAAAUUAGAAGCCGAUAUCAACAAUGGAGGCUGGGAAACUAUCUAG